AUGAGUAGAUCUGAUUCCGUGGUGAGUCUAAACGUCGGCGGCCACAUCUACACAACAGCCCGAUCCACCCUGACCCGUUUCCGAGACUCCAUGUUGGGCGCCAUGUUUGGUGGAGACUUUGACACCUUGCGGGACGACCAGGGGAGGUACUUCAUAGAUCGGAACGGCAGGCUGUUCGAAUAUGUGCUCAACUUCCUCCGUACAACCCAGCUGGUCCUUCCUGAGGACUUCAAGGAACUCCCUCAGCUCGAGAUUGAGGCUGACUUCUACCAGAUCCAACCGCUCAUAGAAGCUCUGAAAAGUUACAAGCCUAGGCCUCGUUCAGAACCCCCCGUGCCGUGCGAAGUUGUUGUUCUUUCCAUACGCCGAUUUGGAUUCAAUUCUGGAUUGCCACCAAUUGUCGAAGUCAGCGCUAGUAGUAGGGAAGUUAAGGAUAUGGUGCGUUAUUCUGGAUCAGGCACCGGUCAUGAUGGCAUGGCACGCAUGCUCAGAACACUGCACAAUGGUGGUUUUAUAGUGGAGAGUCAUGUUGCUUUCGGGUCCGACCAAGAAAAAAUGGUCUUAGUACGAAAAUUGGUCAGGAAUUCUUCAGAUAGCAAAUAAGGUUCCGUUGAUAGAUCUUAAAAUUCCUAUGCCUAUAUACAAUAGUGCUGGUAGAUGUAAGGUACAAUAUCAUAUUACUAUAUUAAUAUACUAUAUUAUACUAUAUUAAAUGGAUUGAUAGCUAAAAAAAUUAUCCUUGCGUGUGUUUAAGUAUGGUAGUGUUUUUCCGUUGAAUUGGUUAUUCUCUUGUAAGUAAGACAAGUAACUAAAUAAUCAUAUCAUUUU